CCGAGUGGCACAUGUUCUACGGACGUCGACGGUGAAGCGUCGGGUAGUCGCUCCAGAAUCGCGCGCGGUUUUCACGUGGACGUUUCGGAGUUUGUUCUUCAGUAUUGGAACUGGAUGUGAAUUUUGUUGGGACUCGAAGUUCAAAUGAUAAUGAAGUGGGUGGGUGGACUGGUAUCAUCCACACUAUUCUAGGACCGUUAAUUAGAUUUUAAUGACUGAUUCGCCAUAGAAAUGAACUGAGGGAAGUGACUUUUAAGUUCCUUCAAAAUGUUGCUACCCUUCUUGACUGGAGUUUUGGCCAUCAACUUCCUAUUCUAUCCAGGCAGCCUGGCCGUUAGCUGGGAGGAUUGGUGGACGUACGACGGCAUUUCAGGGCCUGCAUUCUGGGGACUGAUAAACCCGGAAUGGUCGUUGUGCAACAAGGGCAGAAGACAAUCGCCAGUUAAUCUGGAACCCAAUAAACUGCUCUUCGACCCCAACCUUAGGCCUUUGCACAUCGAUAAACAUAGGGUGAGCGGCACCAUUUCCAACACCGGUCAUAGUGUGAUAUUUACAGUGGACAAUGACACCCGUCAUCACAUAAACGUGACUGGUGGGCCACUCUCCUAUAAAUAUCAAUUUCAAGAAAUCCAUAUCCAUUACGGACUCCACGACCAGUUCGGGUCCGAGCAUUCUAUAAACGGAUACGCAUUUCCAGCCGAGAUCCAAAUUUUCGGCUUCAAUUCCCAACUCUAUACCAACUUCUCGGAUGCCCUACACCGCGCUCAGGGGAUAGUGGUUGUGGCCCUGCUGCUCCAGUUGGGUGAUUUAUCCAAUCCCGAGCUGCGAAUGCUGACAGACCAGUUGGAGCGGAUACGAUAUGGAGGGGAGGAGAGCGAAGUGAAGAGGAUAUCAGUAAGGGGACUCCUGCCUGAAACAGAAUAUUACAUGACGUAUGAUGGAUCCACUACGAUGCCGGCCUGUCACGAGACAGUAACAUGGCUCAUCCUCAACAAGCCUAUUUACAUCACGAAGCAACAGAUGCACGCGCUGAGGAAGCUGAUGCAAGGGGACGUCAAACACCAGAAAGCACCCUUGGGGAAUAACUUCCGGCCACCCCAGCCCCUACAUCAUCGUCCCGUAAGGACAAAUAUUGACUUUAACAUCAAGCGUAGUGAGUUGGGGAAGCAGUGCCCUAGUAUGUACAAAGAUGUUUAUUAUAAGGCGAAUAGCUGGAAACAACAUUAAUAAUGGAGGAUUUUACACCCGAAAAGACAUUUAGUGAAUUUGGCGAACUGAUAGUGCUAAAAUAAUAAUGAAAAUAA